AUGCAUCUAAAAGUUAAAUGGCAUGAAAGCGUGUUUAAAGAAUCCCACUCCAUAUUUUCCGCGCCCACCCGCCUCGAGAACUGGUUGAAGGGGCUAGGAUUAGGCAGUGCUAUAGCCAAGAAUUGGUUCCAGGCGCGGCAGAUCUGUGAAGCCGAAGGCACUUCGCUGCUCGUGCCAGAUAGUUUAGAAGAAAUGGAAAAUCUCAAAUUGCUCAUCAGUAACAUGAAAGCCCACUACAUCGGUAUAUUUAUCGGAUUGCAUGACCAGUUCUCGAACGGGAAUUUUGUUAAUCUUAAAGGAGAGCCAAUCCAAGGAACAAUAUUACAGUAUCUUUGGGCCGAAGGUCGUCCAGAUAGAGCGAAUGGAUCAGAGCAUUGCGUGAUCAUGACGCGGGAAGGGUUAUUCGAUGACAAGCCUUGUGAUGACAUACACCCUUUCGUUUGCAAAAUAUUGGGGGAAGCUACCAAAGUUAACGAAGAGUGCAAUAAUUUUGAUGUUGGUUACACCCCCCAUGACAAUGGGAAAUGCUACAAAUUCCACGUGGAACCACUGUCUUGGCACGAUGCUUACCUAGUAUGCAAAUCUGAGGAAGGAGAUUUGGCUGUAAUUAACUCGGCCGAAGAAGCUGCACUUAUCACCAAGUUCAUGGGAGAUCACAUCCAUAUCGAUGCACCUGAUCCGAACAUACUGCUGAUAGGCUUCAGCGAUCUAUUAUUUCCUUAUCAAUACAGGACCAUUGAUGGUCAGACAUUAGAAGAGGCUGGAUACUCUUCAUGGAGUCCCUUCAAGGAGGAAGACGUCGAAUUCGAAUCAAAACACUGUGGCGCCAUCUCCAGGACAGGUUUCUUGGAAAUGACUGAAUGUGCCUUACCUGGAAUGUUUUUAUGUGAGAAAGCUAUAAAUUCGAGUGUGAUUCAAGUUUGA